AUGUUAGAGUGGUCCGGUGAAUUUGGCGGCAUGCAGUUCGGUGGUAUUCUUGCAAGGAAAAAAACGCAGAUUUUCAAGAGACUUCCAUUUGAUCAUUGUUCAUUGUCGUUGCAACCAUUCGAGCAUCCUGUAUGUACUCCCGAUGGCAUUAUAUUUGAUUUAAGAAUAAUCUACCCUUACAUAAAGAAGCAUGGAACAAAUCCUGUUACGGGCGAAAAAUUGGAACCUAAAUCGCUUAUAAAACUUAAUUUUUCCAAGAAUUCUAGUGGCGAAUAUCAUUGUCCUGCUACAUUUAGAGUGUUCAACGACCAUACACAUAUAGUUGCAAUCAAGACAACGGGAAACGUAUAUGCUUAUGAAGCGGUUGAACGCUUGAAUAUAAAGGCAAAAAACUGGAAAGAUUUACUGACAGAGGAGCCAUUCACUAGAAAAGACAUCAUAACUAUACAGGAUCCACAUAAUCUUGAGUCGCGUAAUCUAUCAAACUUCCAUCAUCUCAAAAAUGAUCUAAAAACUAAUGAAGAUAAAUCUGCGAAUAAUGAUCCGCUAAGUGACAUAAACGUCGGAGCAACCGGUUCAGCAGCUCGUAUAUUGACGAAAAUUUCUGGUCAGGAAGAUGAAUCUUCGGAUCAGACUAAGGAUACUGACGUCGAAUCUAAGACCAAUUCGAGCGUCACCAAAGCUUCAUCCUCACCUUCUCUGAUACGUAAACCAAAAAAUGUACCUUAUAAUGCGGCGCCAUAUACACGUGGGCUUGCGGCCGCUUCUUUCACUUCUACGGCAAUGACACCUGUGACAGAAAAUGAAAAUGCGCUCAUUGAUGAGGAUGAGUUCAUGUUCAGAGAAAUUAAAUCAAAAGGUUAUGUUCGUAUAGCGACCACCCUUGGAAAUUUGAAUGUGGAACUUUUCUGCGAUAGGGCAAAAAACUGCCUUACCACUUUCAUGACAAUCCAACAGGACCAUAUUCCACCGCAAGAUAAAGAAUUUUAUGGUGGUGAUCCUACGGGUACCGGUAAAGGAGGGGAGUCUUAUUGGAAGAAGGAUUUCGCUGACGAAUUCAAGAGUAACUUGUCUCAUAAUGAACGUGGUCUAUUGAGCAUGGCCAAUCGAGGAAAGAAUACUAAUUCGUCUCAGUUUUUUUUCACUUUCCGACCCUGCACUCAUCUGGACAAUAAGCAUACUAUCUUCGGUAAAUUAGUGGGAGGGAAAGAGGUACUCGAUAAAAUGGAGUCUAUACCUACGGAUGAUUCUGACCGACCUUUAAGUGAAAUCAAAAUAAUCGAGGUUACAGUCUUUGUGGAUCCAUAUGAAGAAUAUAAAAAGCGGUUGGAAAAGAAGCUGAGCCGUAAAGCGGGAACUAUCGAAGAAAAGAAAAUUUCUCCAGAGGCCGAAAAGGAUUCGACUACAAAUUGGUUUGGCACAAAGUUAACAUCACCAUCUAGUAAAGUAAAAGAUGACAAAAGAGUAGGGAAAUAUCUAAAAACAUCGAACAAAAGAGGCAUGGAUGAUGACGUGGCAUCAAGUGAAGAUCCUUCAACAGAAUCUAUUCCGAAAAAACCUAAGCCAUCUGGUUAUGACUUUGAUUUUAUUAUCAGCAUGAAGCUACCAAAGUUUAACCUGAUCUUUAUAUCACUCGGUCCGAUUAUGGUGUUUUCAACUUGUCGAUUCUUAAUUUGCUCGGCACAAACUUCCCUUGAACAAGCGAGAUCGAAAUUCAUGGAAACUUUGCUGGACAAAACUUCCGAACUGGACUAUUGCUCACCCUCGGGAACCAUAACUGACGCCUGUUGCGAUUAUAAGACUGUAGAAAGAGUGAACAAUGACAUUGCACAACAAAUACACGAAUUA